AAAGCUGAAGAUCUAGCGAAUUUCUGAGUAUUAUAAAGAAAGUUUAUAUCAGAUCGUCUUCUGCUGCAGUGUAGGGAUGCUGUUCCGCUCAGUUGUUGACAGACGAGUCGGCAGACGAAGGCAGAACGCCCUUCCUGCAGAUCCCUGGCCCAAAUACCCUCUGAGCUCUUUGCUAGCGGGCUACCAGUGUGUUCGCCAUGAUGAGCACGUCUCCUAUGGCAAUCUGGGUGAAUCCGUGCCACCGUUUGGACUGGCUUUCUCUUCUGCGGGGCAUUUGCAGAAUAUCCUUGCAGCGGCUAAUGAAGAAGGCAUUGUGAGGAUCUACAACACAGAGAGCCGUGAAAACCCGAUACUUAAAGAAUGGCUGGCCCAUGAGAAUGCCGUCUUUGACAUAGCGUGGGUACCAGGGGAGGCUCAGCUGGUAACUGCUGCAGGUGACCAGAUGGCCAGGUUGUGGGAUGUGAAGGCAGGGGAGAUGUUGGGCAGCUUCAAGGGUCACCUCUGCAGCCUCAAGUCUGUUUCAUGUGCACCACAGGAGAAAGCUGUGUUCUGCACUGGAGCCAGAGAUGGAAAUAUUAUGGUUUGGGACACCAGGUGCAGCAAAAAAGAUGGAUUCUACAGACAGGUGAAACGGAUCAGUGGUGCUCACAACAAAGCAGAGACAAACUCUCUGUCUAAAACAAAGAAGAGGCGGCCCAUCAUGCGUGGCAUGGCUCCCAGCGUGGACACCCAGCAGAGUGUCACAGUGGUUUUGUUUCGGGAUGAACACACCCUCAUCUCUUCUGGGGCUGUGGAUGGAGUAAUCAAGGUGUGGGAUCUGAGGAAGAUGAAUGUGCACCGUUAUGAUCCGGUCCCACUGCAGACCUAUGCAUACCCGGGUUCUUCUAUGCGCAUGCGAUUAGGUUAUUCCGGUCUUGUCCUGGACUCCACAAGAUCUAAUGUCAUGUGCAACUGCACUGACGACAACAUUUACAUGUUUAACGUCAGUGGAAUAAAAACAAGCCCAGUGGCCGUUUUCGGUGGGCACCAAAAUUCCUCCUUUUACAUCAAGUCCACAAUUAGCCCAGAUGACCAGUUCUUGGCCAGUGGUUCAAGUGACAAUCACUCAUACAUCUGGAAGAUCUCUGAUCCCAAACAUCCUCCAAUGAUGCUUCAAGGUCACAAUGAGGAGGUGACAUCGGUUGCCUGGUGCCCAAAUGAUUUCACUAAGAUUGCUUCCUGUUCUGAUGACCACACUGUGCGGAUCUGGCGGCUUCACCGGGAAAUGGACGGAGCCCAGUCUUCAGUGGGAGAGGCUAAUCUUGUAGGCUGGGCACGUCCUAAGUCUCCCUCAAGGCCUUCAAGCCAAACUGAGACAACCCCUGCCAAGAACCAGAGGACAGAGAGCCUUGGAGGACUGGCUUCACCCCAGCUAGCUGCCUGUGCACCCAGUGGGGCCGCCUUGCCUCUACCCUCCAGCACCACCUCACCAGUCCAUUCUCAGGACGCCAAAGCCACUCCUGUUCGCCAGAGAACUCCGUGCUCCAUUAAACAGUGGUUGUCCCCCAGUCACGGAUCUCCAAGUCAGGUCAGCCCGCAGCUCCGUAGGGUGCUAAGCCCUUGUUCCCAGAGCCCAGUGAGCAGCAGCACCUCUCCCACAGAACGGAGGGCCAAACGCAGGCUGGAGACCGGUGCCGGUUCAUCCGCCAGCUGCGAGGGUGCAGAGCAGUGCGACUGCGUUACAGAACUCUACCCCGCGGCCAAGAGAAGCCGAGCCCUGUCAGGCAUCUGCUGCCCUGCUCAGGAGAGCCGGGUAGAAGCAAACAGUCACACAGAGGACAAACAAGUCUCGUUAAGACAGAUUGGCAAGGAGAACUGCUCUCCCAGAGCGACGGACUGGUUGUCAGCGAUGGGCCAAAAGAUGAAGAAAGGUCACGGAGGCCCCAGUACUCCCCGAAGCCCCAGUGCCUCAAAGAAACUUGAAGGCAAGAUACCUGCUUCACCGAACACCCGCUCUCCACAAAACAUGAAGAAAAUCUCCACAUAUUUCACGAGAAGGCCCAAUGAGUGA